AUGGCGAUAAUUUCCCCACCCCAAACCUCUGUGCAGGCUGCUUCUAUCAUUGAACAGGACUGUCAGUGGCUCGUCUGUGUAACAGAUCUACCAGAAGAAGCGGGAUCAAAAUCUAACGCUAGGAAGGCGACCACUUCCUCUGGAGACACAGUUCGUGUCAAGCGAGUGGCAUUCUCGUCGAAGUCCCAACGGAGACGACAAGUCAAGGAAUUUGCCCAACGCCUGAAUGAAUGGCACGCAAUAACAAGCCGAGAACUGCUCCUUCCUAUAUUAGCAUUCGGGGUUGACGAAUCUCCUGCCGCAAUUUCCCUCGUUUCCCCCUGGAUAGGACGAGGGCAAACUAUCACAGAAUAUAUAAAGGAAAACCCAACACUCGAUAGGCUUUCCUCAGCAUGCGAACUUGCCGAAGCCGUCAGGUAUCUGCACGACACCAAGAAAGGUUGGAACACGCCCGCCUUCGUGCAUGGUGACAUAAGAGGGGACAAUGUCUUCGUCCGACCAGGAGGUUCUUGCUAUCUCGGAGAGUUUGCCUUGACAUGUGCCGAACCGGUUCAGGAGGACCCAAGCAUGCCAGCUACCUUCCGCCACUCCCGCUGGAUGGCUCCCGAGCGUUUGAACCCUAAGGCCUUCUCCUCGUAUCCUACUGAUGAUGGUUCCUACGCCGAUGGCAAACUCAGGACAUGUAACGAUAUCUAUUCUCUAGCUAGCACCAUAUUUGAGAUACUCACUGGAGACGUUCCGUAUUACCAGUAUCACCACGACGCGUUCGUCACGGCCGACGCCCUACGUGGAGUUCUUCCCGAGCCUCAGGAUCUGGACAAAGCCCGCUUGUCUGGCCUCACUGACGACAUCCAAACACUACUCAAUUGCAUGUGGAGAUAUUCACCAUCUGAACGCUUCCACGCAGAGACCGUCUGCAGAGUACUCAAGACCCCUUCUUCAGUGAACAAAAGACGACCGCAGAGGCUCGCUCCCGUGUUUGCUGCUACAGCAGCUGCAGCCGCUCGUAGACUAUAUCUCUAA